UCGACUCGCCAUAGGUUGACAUUGCCUCCUCAAACAUGGCUGCACACACAUUGAAGAAAUCAAUUUUGUUCUUAGGACGAAUAAAUUGUCACAUUUAUGGAGUUAAUGUGCGUAACCCGUUAAACAGGGCCACAUAUGCAACGGCCUUGUCUACCAAUAAUGCUAGUCAAAAUAAAGGCUUUCCUGACAGAGGGAACAGAGGACCUUUCAACCGAAGACCAAGGAGAGAGGCGGGUGACCCCAGGACAGACAGGAUGGCUGUAGACCAGGACUGGACUGCAGUGUACCCGACCGCUACCCCCUUCAGACAGGGCUCUGUGCCACUGCCUGUCCGCAUGGGCUUCCCAGUGAAGAGAGGGGUACCUCCAGAGAAGAAGGGCAACCUGGAGCUCAUCAAGAUUCCAAACUUUUUGCAUUUAACUCCAGCAGCCAUAAAGAAACACUGUGAAGCUCUGAAACCGUUCUGCACAGAGUGGCCCUCUGCCCUGGACACAGAUGCUAAAUGUGAUGAGCACUUCCCUGUCAAAGUAGAGAGCAAGGACUAUGUGUCUGCCGGCACCUCCCUCAGAAACCCAUCUGCCCGCAUAGUCAACCUCAGCCUGAAGCUCUCCAGUCUGAAUUUGGAUGACCAUGCCAGGAAGAAGAUGGUUAAACUGGUAGGAGGAGAGAGGUACUGCAAGGACACGGACACACUCGCCAUCACCACUGACAGCUGCCCUGUGAGACAGCAGAAUUAUGACUAUGCCAUGUACCUCCUGACUGUCCUCUAUCACGAGUCUUGGAAAAUUGAGGCAUGGGAGUCAGGCAAGACUGUGGCAGACAUGGAGGAGUACAGCUGGGAGGACAGCCCCUCUCAGAAGAACGCCUUGUCCACGUUGGUCCGCAUGCGGGUAGCAGAGGAGGGAGAGGGAGAGGCGGUGAGGGAGGAGCUGCUGGGGAGGCCGGAGGUGCAGGAGUACAGGGACUCUGUGACCAGACUGAAGAACGAGGGAGAGAGCGAGAGCAGCAUGCGCCAGUACAGAGAAGCUGUGCAGAAACUGCUCAACCUCUAAUAUGCCCUCCUCUUCUAUAGAUGCAGAUACACACACACACAUAGGAGAGGUAGCAAGAGCAGUUAUCACUUCAGGUCCAAUCAUGGGACAGUGUAGUCAUCAAUACAAAGCAAAGACCAGAACUCAACUGCUACACCCUUGUGGUGACCAGUUCAAUGUCUAGAGACAAACCUAUCAUCUGAUCUCACCACACACAGCAUGUGAUGCCUGUAACUGUCUUUUGUGAAAUAUUUAUUGACAAAUAAAUGGACCUCUGUUAUAUUUCUGUAAUACAGUUGUCCAAUACUAGUUACGCUAAACUGAUAGCCUGAAGCAAAAAUGUAUCCCUUGCAUUGUAAAUAAAAAGUUCUGAAAUUUGG